AAAAAAAAAUCACUGGAAUUACCAACCAUACCGUAUAUUGAACCAAUUAUACUCCUUUCAUUAGUUGUCGAUUAGUACAUCACCAGCAGUGACAUUGACCAGUCUCUCUGUGACUAAACGAUGACUAAUAUCAACGAUCUUCCUAUAGAGAUCCUGGUCAAAAUAUUUCGGUUUCUAGAUUUGUUUGAAUGGAAACACGUGUCGUUCGUUUGCAAACAGUGGCGGGAUAUAUUACGAGCUACACAGUUAAUACGACAAUGGCAGCUCUGUUUAAGACACACAUUCGACGAAGAGAUGCCCGAGACAAUUAAAGAAAUUGUACGAAAACAUCGCAAUCUUCGGAUAGUACAUGAUUCGGCUGAUGAGGACGACGAUAGUGAUGACGAUUUGCAUGAGGACAUCGACAACUGCCAGGAGGCACUCCCCCAGAUUAAGUAUUUAUUCGAACCGACUUCUGAGCAAAACAUAACAAAUUUGUUGUCUGACCAGCAAUUAUACCUUGAGCGCCUGGAUCUCAUAAUGAGUUAUGGCGUUAGUCGGGAAAUUUUCGAAAAACAAUUGUUUGGAAUGGAACACGUAAGAGAGCUUUCAAUAAAUUUCAGUUACUCUCGUUGUCCAUUAAAGGACGAUGAAGUUGUGAUUAUAAUCCAUGAUCGAAUUGAAACUUUUACGCUUGACAUGCCAUUCGAAAAUGCUCCUAUAAAACUAAUUACACCCCGUUUGAAGAGCUUAGAACUGCCGCGAACAUUCCAAUGGCACAUCGGUAUAGUCGGAACAUACAGUUCACAGUUACAUUGUUUAAAAAUCCACUUCAAGAAUGCAGAACUGUUGGAUUCACUAUUGUUACUGCAAUUUCCCAAUUUAUCCUUGCUCGAUGUGUGUUUCAUCGCUGAUAAAGAUAUUCAACUGAGUUACACCCAAUCUCGUAAUGCAAUACUGAACUAAGAAAAGGACGAGAAGUUUGUUUUAUCAAUGCCCCGGCUGAAAAAGUUAGUGUUAGAAAGCGAUCUUCUGUUCUUUCGUCUUAGUGCGGCACUUGCAAGAUGCGCACAUCAGCUUGAGGAGCUGGAUUUAAAAGAUAUGCGAAUAGAUUACAUAACGUUGAAACCGUUAGAAAGCUUGACAAAAUUGAAGAGGAUUACAUUUAGUGAUUGUAAGAUUUUGAUGGCCACUUCAACGCUUCCUACACUUAAAUUACCCUACGUAAACCACCUGGAGCUGUCCAACUAUCGAUCGGACAUAAUAAUUGAUGAAGGAUAUUCCCCUUUGAGAACGUUAACGCUUACGGUUUGGGCAGACAAAAACCACAAAAUAUUAUAUAAAGUGUGCAAAUAUUUACCAAAUUUGGAAAGAUUAGAAUUGCUACUGCAUAAGAAACUAGAGAAUAGCACCUUCAAACGUCUGGACAAUCUCAAGAAACUGAAAUCGCUCCACAUAACCUACGGUGAUACGAAUGAACUGCAUUGGCCUAAUUGUCCAGUCUUAAAAUCGGUGACAAAGUUAUCUUUUCACGGAACCACAUUAGGACCGAGUAUUUUUGAAUCGCUAGCCAAGCCGUUUCCUGCUCUUCGUGAACUCUUUCUAGAUAAAUGUACGUUGAAUUAUUGUGACGCCAAAAAAAGAGGAUCGGGCCACAGCUAUAAUUAUGUUGAUUGCAAUGGAAACGUUUGCAGAGAACAACUAGAAAGGCUGUUUCCGUUAAGUAGAAUAUCGUUAAUGGAUUCAAUAAUAUGUUUAAAGCAUAAUUCCUAAAAUAGUAAAUCGAUUUUGAGCCUUUAGGACAAGAAAUAAAUCAUCUUUAAAACAACUUGUGCGAUAAAAUUCUGACCGCAGGAUGUUUCUGAAUUAAAAAAAUCCAAACAUACAGUUUAUAGCACAUUUUAUAGCUUAUAAGCUGUUUACAGCUGCCAUAAAAAUGACGGGUGUAAUGAAAUGUCAUCACUCAGUUCGCAAAGCAGAAGGAGAAUGAGUCGAAUCUUCAUUUUUUGAAGCAUUGUGCAACCAAGACAAGCUAUUUUCUGAUUUGACACAAAACUUCGGUGGAUAAUGCGAAGGAAGAGUAUAACAAUAUGAAUAAUGCUACUGCACAACGAAAUGUUUCAUAUAACGUAGUGAAAUAGAUUGAUAAGUCUUUCAUUUAUUUUGGCUAGCCUUGGUAAAAUAAGUUUCAAAAGUGCAGCUGAUGGAGGAAAAUACGAUGCUCUCAGAUAAUCCAGCUUAUUUUGACGAGCAAGUUACAGCUAAAAGUGGAGACACAAACAAGAGAGGUUUUAUAUUCAGAAAGCGCAACUCAACAGGUAAAUUUCACUUUGCGAGGCAAGCGAAUUCAGAACAUAAGCAACCUCCAGCUCACAAACAACGUGCUGGUUUAGAAGGAUUUCAACGCUAUCGCAGCAACAGUGCCACUUUGUCGCGGAUAAAGCCAUUUACACUUCCCGAGUACAGUAAUACCAACAAUGAUUGUUCUGUGAAUCGAAGAGAUAAACAUUGCCGUGAAAGGCAAAUUACUAAUUGUGAUGAUUCAUCUAGUGCAAAAACAAGAAGACAUUCAAUUCGUACGUUUAAUAGAAAAGAGCAGCUGCAACCAGCGGAAAUUUCAGAUGAGGUACCAAAUAUGCUUGCACCUAAGGCUCCUGUUGGUUUGGUUGGUGCAAGUACGCAUUCGCUGACUUCAAUGGAAGAUAUAGUAUUCAUCACGACUCGACAUAACGAGCAAGCAUUUAUGUGGGUGAACCAUCUAAAAACAUGCUUUGACAAAAUAACGAAACAAAGAGGAAAGUUACCUUUCAAGUUCCUACAUGUCACAAUUGAUAGAAACCAAUUCGAGCACCAGUUAGUGCAGCGCUGCCGUUCCACGAAGCUGCAAAUAGUUAUUAUCUGUCCUGCAAUGUUUACAUUGUCACCACAAUAUUUACGUUCGACUUUUGAAUUGUUAUUGAAACCAGAAAAAGUUUUAGGUGUAUUACUGAAUGUAACUGAAACGCAUGUGUUCGAAAGCCAUAAAGAUACAUUGCCAGGUUUUAAAAAAUGGCGAAUCUGUUUUGAAGGCGAUUCUAAGCAGUCUUUUUUGAGUGAAUUACUUGGUAUUGCGAUGGAUAUUUUAGGAAGCGCUCUACGUCAGCAGCCGCACUGUUCUGAUCAGAAAAUUAUUUUGCCAAAUGAAGCUCCGGCUGAACCUCAUGAAUCAUUCACGCUUUUUCCUAGAAAAGUUAAAAUUGGACAUAAUAAAGUUCUAGCCGUUUUCAUACAGCCCUUGAACAAAACCGAUAGGAUUAAAAUCAAAAUCGAAAAAGCCAAUUACGUCAUAGAAAUAAUCAAUAUCAAGCGUAAGAAUCCUUACACCGUUCAAUUUAGUAUUCCAGAUUAUUGCAUGGAAAUUUCAACAAUAAUUGGUAUCCGAGUAGAAAGAAAUAGUAUCAACAUCGGCUGUCGGCCACUAAAGUGUGAAAGCCAAUUUCGGGAACUAGAGCAAAUCUUAAGAAGACAGAACACACCGAUGGAGUUCCUGUGUCAAGUAGUUGGAAUUCCAGCUCUUGAUCGCGAACAGUUAGAUUUGCGUCUCUUCAAAGCAUUCGAAAAUACUGUACCAAAACAUUUCCAUUUACUUAAUGAGUUAGACAGUGCCAAAAAGUGGAAAACACACAGAGAAGCGAAUCCAGAGAAGUAUCCAUCGCUGUUACAUUUCGCGGCGUAUUGGGGACUCGAACGAUUGUGUCUACGAUUAUUAGAAUGUCCAGGAGCAGACAUUGUAUGUGAAAUGAGGAACAAAUUCGGCCGUACACCAGGUGAUUUGGCUGAACUUGGUGGACACUAUAGUGUAGCAGAUAUCAUUAAAAAAUUAUCUAGAAGAGAAGAAUUCUCUACCAUGUAUCAUUGUUUCAAAGGAAUUAGUGACCUAUCUCCGAAUAAAGUGGUUAUAGAACCUAAAUCAGCUUCCAUAGAGCAACAGCACCAGCAAAAUCCAGGCUAUAUUGAAAUGAAUUUUAGUGGAAGUGAUGUGGAGUCUAUCGAUAAUGAUAUGUUGAAUUUGGUCACUAAUUUGAAUUAUUUGAUGGUGGAUACAAUCCACGAAAUACAAGAGGAGCUAGCUUCUUCGCCAAACACCGAAAAGGAUCAAGAAAUCGUAAAUAAUUUGAAUGACGAUUACAGAGAACAUGAUAUAUCACAACAUGAACUCAAAAUUGCAGAAUUUCAGAACGUCGUUUCGAACGAUAAUAGCAAAAACGAUUUGUUUAGUCAGGAGUGUUCGAAAUUAUUAGAAAAUAGCAAUGAUUGCUUGAGCAAUGACAAAAAUAACGCAAUGCAACCAUCUCAUUCAGUUGACCUAGAGAGUAAUUAUUUAGUGCAACCUUCGAAUAUACCGUUUAGUGAAUGCAACAGUGCCAACUCACCAAUAGUAUAUCAACAGAUACCAAAUAAUGUGCAAUUAAACAAUACCUCCGAUGCUGAAAAUGAAAUAUCGCAUCUACGAUUGAGCUUCCGGGGGAGAGAACAGAUGCUAGAAACCAAACCAAAGAUUGCGUCUAGCUGUAUGCAAGAAAUUAAUCGUUUCCAUAAAACUGUAGAUGUUGAGCUAUUAGAAUUAUUUACAGAUUUCAAAAACAAUGUGUUCACUAUUCAAGAAGUAGAACAAUUGGUACACGCAUGGAAAUCUCGCAAUGAUGUCCAACAAAGUUUCAUAGAAAAGCAGGAACAACUCGAAAUGAUGCGACAAGAAUACGAAAGAAUACAGCAACAAAACAAAGAAAAAUUAAAAAGGUCGAAUCCAUACGAAACCAUGAAGAAAAUUUUCAGUCGAAAUAAAAAUUCUGACUCUAAAAAAGAAAGAGACUUCAGUUCUGGAAGCUCUCGGAAUGUUUAUGAAGAUAGUAAAGCUUCAAUGCAGCAGUCGAGGAGACAUAUAACUUUAUCAAGUGUUCACAGUAGUUCAAGCAAUUCUUCCGGUCGAAUAAGCAAUCUCAGUGGAAGUAGCAGUAAUGGUAUGCAUUCUGACGCAGAGGGACCAUCGUAUGGAUCACCAAUCACUAGCGAUAAUAACGUUGCUGAACAAGACAAAAGAUUGGAAAAUUACAUGAUUCCUCCAGUUCCGCGACCUGUUAUUUUAAUACAAAAAUCCCCGCAAAUCGAAAAUACUCAACGAAUCACCAGUAUUAAUGCUGAUGAACAUUACACUAUAUUUCCUUCUAAUGUUCCAGUGAUUGAAAAUGAUUUAAAGUAAAUAAUGAACAAUUCUCCAAUUCAACGAUCCAAAAACUAGAAAAGCGAGAAUCCAAAACAAUUAAAAAAGUACCAAAAAUAGCAAAUGCCAAAUAGAACGAAGCUAGCCUUCAAAAACAGCAGUAAAAUAGUUUCAGAAGCUUAGUUUCGUAAACAACGAUAAAAAAGUAUUAUUCUUAUAGACCAAAUAUAAUGAUUCUGUGCCUUCCAAAGUGGUGAUUUCGUGCAGGUUAUAAAAUCACAACUCGCAAAGAUGCUCGUGAAGGUGUGAAUACAGUACAAAUGUAAUCACUACAAUGAAUUUAGGAAACGAAACGAAUAGGAGAUCUACAUAAAUGCAUCUAGUUUUACCACUGUUUGUAAAAUUUUCCCAAGAAUUACAUUCUAGUCACAAGUGAGCUUUUUCUAUGAGUUGUACAACGUUACAAUUCCUAGAGUCCAAUAAAAAUUAGUUAUCGAUCAGCAUCGUCGCUCUGCAGCGUUGGUAGUUUAUAGAUGCUACCAACCACCUAAUCAGGAGCACAAUGGACAAAAAUCAUUGCUUCAACCCACCAAAGAGAAAAGAGCGUAACCAAUCCUGAUAAGUUUGAGUGUCAAACGUCUAACAUCACCAGCAACUUGAAAGCAAAUUAAGUCUGUUCGUCACUAAACUAACCAAAGUCAUCACUAAUCUGACCAAUAAGAAUGAAUGGGAAAAUUUUCAAAACCUGAUAACAUGACAAUAUUAUUAGAUAGGACAGAAAAUUAUUAAAAAAAAAAAUAUUCUUAUACAAUGUAACUAAUAUAAAUAUGUCAGUGAAAGCCAUUUUUAAUAAAUAAACUUUUACAUAUUUU